CAAAUCUCAUUACGGAUCCCGGCUGAAAGCCAUUUUGUUUUUCAGCGCUCUUCAAGGGUAUCUGAAGCGAAUUUGCACCAAAGCAGCAGUUGUGUUGCUGCAGUUUGAUCUUCACCUUCACGAUGUUUCCCCUGGUCAAAAACGCACUGAGUCGUCUCCAAGUUCGAAGCAUUCAGCAAACAAUGGCAAGACAGAGCCACCAGAAACGUACACCUGAUUUUCAUGACAAAUACGGUAAUGCUAUAUUAGCUGGUGGAGCUACUUUCUGUAUUACUAUGUGGACAUAUGUAAUAACACAAAUCGGAAUAGAAUGGAACCUGUCCCCUGUUGGCAGAGUCACCCCAAAGGAAUGGAGAAAUCAGCAAUAAUCCCAGCUGGUGUAAUAAUGAAGUGUUGAAAAAAACAGCUCAUAAUUGAUGCCAAGUUAAAGCACUGUGUACCCAUUAAGAUAUGGCAUUAUUGAAGAAAUAAAGUACAUUUGAAACCUUCA